AGCACCCUCUAUCGGCGGCCGGCAGAAGCUCCGCGUCGUCUGCCCGACAACAACAACAAACAUGGCUCUGCGCGUGGGUUCGGCUGCGCUGGCGAGGAGGCUUUCUCUCGGCUCCUCGCUGAAAUUCUCCGCGGGGGCCUUGUCAGCUCUGUCAGGGAGGUCGAGGAGAUAUGGCUUAAGCAAUUAUGGACACUCAGGACCCCUACACAGGAACUUCCAUUUAACUACUCAGAGGCUGCAAGAGGCAGUCAAAGCAGAUGACGACAAAACCUACGAGUUCCAAGCCGAGACCCGCAUGCUGUUGGAUAUUGUGGCAAAGUCUCUCUAUUCAGAAAAAGAGGUCUUUGUUAGAGAGCUGAUUUCCAAUGCCUCCGAUGCUAUUGAGAAGGCCCGAUACCUGGCUAUUCAGGGGACGGAGUUGGACAGCUCGGAAGCCACCAUGAAGAUCCACAUCACAACGGACAAGUACAGCAAAACGCUGACCAUACAGGAUUCGGGCAUUGGAAUGACCAAAGAGGAGCUCAUGGAUAAUUUGGGAACCAUUGCACGAUCGGGGUCAAAGGCCUUCAUCCAGCAGCUUCAGGAGGGAGGUGGUGCAGACCCCCAGAGUAUUAUCGGUCAGUUUGGUGUAGGUUUUUACUCUGCUUUCAUGGUUGCCGACAAGGUUGAAGUGUACACGAAGUCCCGUCUUCCUGGCAGCACCGGCUACUGUUGGUCGUCAGACGGAUGUGGUAAAUACACUGUUGAAGAGUGCAGCGAUGUUGAGCCAGGAACAAAGAUUGUGUGUCAUCUAAAAGUGGCAGAUAGAGAGUUUGCAGAUGACCAGACAAUCAAAGACAUCAUCAAGAAAUACAGUAGCUUUGUAGGCUCCCCUAUUGAAGUGAAUGGUGAACAAGCCAACAGCAUUCAGCCCAUUUGGCUCAUGGACCCCAAAGAAGUGUCUCCUGCCCAGCACGAGGAAUUUUACCGCUACGUGGGUUCGUCGUAUGACAAGCCACGCUUUACUCUCCACUACUGUACUGAUGCACCCAUAAAUCUCCGUUGUGUGCUCUAUGUCCCAGAAGGAAAGCCUGGGCUGUUUGACCUUAAUCGUGAAGGAGUUGGCGGUGUUGCUCUAUACUGCCGCCGUGUUCUCAUCAUGAACAAGGCAGAAAACAUUCUUCCAAAAUGGCUCAGGUUCCUGAAAGGUGUUGUGGAUAGCGAGGACAUUCCACUCAACCUGAGCCGGGAAUUGCUCCAGGACUCGGCUCUCAUCCGGAGGCUUCGCACCGUCAUUCAGAACAGGGCCAUCCGGUUCCUCUUUGACAAAUCUCGGAAGGAUCCAGAGAGCUAUGCCAAGUUCUUCGCCGACUACGGGAUUUUCAUCAAAGAAGGUAUCCUCUCUGCGCAAGAGCAAGUGGAGAAGGAAGAAAUUGCCAAGCUUCUCCGGUACGAGAGCUCAGGCAAGCCAGCGGAAGAGGCAGUUACGCUUCCUGAGUACAUCAGCCGCAUGGCCGAAAACCAAAAGGAUAUUUACUAUCUAGCAGCUCCGUCAAGGGAAUUGGCCGAGUCCUCUCCUUAUUUUGAAGCUCUUAAGAAACGCAACGUGGAAGUCCUCUUCUGCUACGAAUCCUACGACGAGGUGGUCUUCAUGCAGCUGCAGCAGUUUGGCUCUCGGAAGAUCGUGUCCGUCGAGAAGGAGUUGAGGCAGGACAAGGAGGACGUGAACUUCGAUGAUGCUGAAAGUGGUCUGCGCCGCACUGAGGCAAAUGAACUGAUGAACUGGUUGAAGACUGUGCUAGCUGGCCGUUGCUGGACAGUUAAGGCCACACCCCGUUUAGAGACUCAUCCUUGUGUGGUGACGGUGGAGGAGAUGGGGGCUGCCAGGCACUUUGUAAAGACGCAGUUCACUCAAGUCUCAGAGGAAGCUAGAUACUCUCUCCUGCAGCCUCAGUUGGAGAUUAAUCCUAACCACCCAGUAAUAGUUAAGUUGAACAGUCUGCGCGAGACCAAUCCCCGAUUGGCUGAACUGACAGCAAAGCAGCUUUUCAACAAUGGUAUGGUGUUAGCAGGACUUGUGGACGACCCUCGUACAGUUCUUUCUUCUAUGAACGAGUUGUUGGAAUUGGCACUAGAAAAGCACUAAAAUGUUGAAAAUACUUUUAUUGCUUUAUUUUGCUUGGUUUCUGUGUUCUCCCUACUUGUGCUGUCUUUAUGAUAAGUUGUAUAUGAAGUACAGAUAAUAAAAUGGUCUAGUUAUUGUUACUGAUUAGAAUUUUUGCUGCAUAACCCCAAAUAAGUUGAAGCCAAGACCAGAUGUAUAAGUUUUGUAAAUAAGUUCCAGCAGUGGUGUGUCAUUAGUUAGUUUGUUUUUUUAUCAUUAUUGGUUACUUAUAUAAUACUUUAUAUAUAACCCUUUUGUAUAAUGAAAAACUAUGUAUAUAUGAACAUACAGUAAUAAAUUCAUUUCAUAUA